AUGGCUAGCAGCAUAAACGACGCCCCGCGCCCACCUGCGCAUAACCUUCCAGCCGGGCUGAAGGACAUUGUUAACGACGAGAAUCGGGACUCGGCUUACUUCUCUAGCGAUGCGUCCAGUAAGCACACGUCGGCCGCUUCCUUCGGUGUCAACAUGCUCAGUCCACUCGGCUCGGCCUACCAGUCCUCUCCGGGGGACAAGACGCCAUCCCCGACCUCGACUAAUCUCGUCCCACAAGCACUAGUCUCGCCGAAGGGGAGUAGCAUGAGCCUCUCCGCCGUCGUCUCUCCCACAGCGAAUCCAGGCGCGACGAGGCCUAGCGAACCUCGACGAUUCGACCUGGCCUACAUCGACGGUGACUCGGCUUCCCGUCGAGAAAGCGUUGAUAGCAGGAUCAAUCAGGGGUUUAACGAUAUGCGUAUAGGAAAUCCAGCAUAUGCCACUCACAACCACUCGGCCACGUCCAUUCAGACCACUCUCAGCACACAAAGGAAUCCUCGACCCGGGCUUGAGAGCUUGUCGAUGCACCGCAUCUCUAACGGAUAUCAGCCGAGCACCGAGCGCAACCCAGAUCCGACUCCUAAAGCCGCCAGGACGGCACCCGCCAUCACCGGACCCGCGACGAGCACUAUUGCUAGGGCCGCUGAGCCUACGAAGGGACAAGCCUGGGCAUUUCCUGAGGACGACCUCCCGCGUAUUGGAUCUAAUGGAGCGCAAUAUCACGAUUCGCGUCGCAGUAGUAUUGCCGACUCCCUCGCAAGCAGUCAGUUCACGUCCGAGUCCCGCUUGCCUCCUGGCCAAAGACGUCUCGACGAAGCAGGCGACUAUACCAAUCGUCUCUCUAGUACGUCGGGCGAAUUCCCUCCGGUCCACCACCAUUCUCUGCAGCAGAGACACAGCGGCGAGCAACAUCCCGAAGAAGGACGGGCACACGCGGGCUCGCAGCCUUACAGUCGAACGCCCGAAUCUAGGCAGAGCCACAAACUCGCGGAGCGCAAGAGGCGGACAGAAAUGAAGGAACUAUUUGAUCAGUUGCGUGAUCUUAUGCCUCAAGAGCGAGGAUCAAAAGCCUCCAAGUGGGAGAUUCUUACAAAAGCCAUCUCCGAACACCAGCGCCAAACUGAUCACAUCCGGGCGUUACAAUCUCAUUGCAGCACUAGUGCUUCGGAAAUCGACUUGCUGCGCAAGGAACUUCAGGCAGUGCGCGCGGAAAACAGUCAACUACGACUUCAACUAUCCAAGACAGCACCACCACCGUUCCAGUCGCAGGUCGCUGUACCACCACCUCCCACUGUCACCAGCCAACCUCCGGCAGGAUACGCGGCGCCGGAUCCGUUCGCUAAUUCAACGCGAACGGAACUUCCGCCGCUACGGUCUCUCGCCGGGGCCAUGCCUCCCGGACCGCCCCCCGGACCCGACUCAAUGACUGGCGUGCAGUACGAGUCAUCCCGACCACCAAGCUUCCGCUCCGAACGGUUUUAG